ACUUAUUUGAACGAUUGGAAUAGUGAUGGACGCUGCCAAGGCCGAAGAAGUGCUCACCGCCCUCGCCUCGUCGUGGGAGGCAGAAUUUUUGCGUGGUGGCAGAAAAUGGCGGUGAACACUUCUAAGCGAGUCUUCAUCCCUGAAGCUAGCUAAUAUUUGUGACCUAAGCAUCACCAAAAUCCUGUGAGAGGCGAUUGCAGCAAAGGUGCAUCAACGCGCCACUCGACUUCGAGAGAUGAAUGUUAGGCCUAGAUGCAAAUGAGACCUCGGUCACCGUUCCAAAAGCCAAUCAUGGCUGCGCUCUUGCUUCGGAUCCGAGCCGCUUCACAAAUCCCUCUUUCUCGAGGCUCUUUUCAACACGUGAAGUAUAGCUCAACCAUGCGAAGGGUUAUGAAGGAUUCACGUUUUAAAGAUUUCUGGAAACAGGCAAAGGGAAAGGCAACAGACGUCCCUAGUUUCAGGCAAUUAACGAUUGAAGUGACCAACAAUCACGCUACUCCGGACCCUGAAUUCUUUACAUGCCUGACACCCCUUCGGCCUACAAAGCCUUCAUGGGAUGUGGAAUGGAUGAGUUACUCACGCCGACAUCAGCCAUUCGAGUAUAAAUCGCUGGUCAUUCUUUUUACACCCGAUUUCUUACCGUGGUUCAACGAUAAUACGUUCAUUCCCAAGAUACUCGAUCGAAUAUCACACAGUUCUUCUAGUGUCACGGAUGAAGUAUCACCAGUACAAGUUAAGUAUAGGGUGGUGUGUGCUUGCGUUGAUGGUAUUGCUCCUGAGGAAUCCUACGGCACUUUCAAAGGGCAGCCAGUUACCAAAGGCUUUUCAUUUCUUCACGCACCGGUAAAGACACUUAUAGGGCAACGGAGAAAGGCGAUAGAAGAUGAAUCCUCUCAAGCAGCCAUACCUACACCAGCUGUGGUCUUAUUCGCUAGGGGUGGACCAGAGACACAAGGAGUGGCUGUUCCCCUAGCGAAUACCAUGUUUCAGAAUGGAAAGGCUUCUGUGCUCGAAUCCUCUGUAUGGGGAGCUGAGGAGGGGAAAUUCGUCGAGAUCAUAAAAAAGGAGGACAUGAGGUUUGUAUACAUCCACGCACUCACCGGUAUCAACAGAUUUAUGGAAUCGUUCAUACCUGCGUGUCCGGUAACGCCGUUUCACACAAUCAAGGACGGAUUUGGCAAUAUUGUUCGAACUCUGGACUUUGGAUCAGAUGAUGUCGGACCUGCCUCCCAGGAAUUAGAGAAGGUUGUAUCUACAAUCUCGGACAGAUUGGGAGGCUCAAAGGUUGAUGUUUGGGCUCUCAUCGUGCCCCCUGGUGUUGCCGAUGCCGAAGCAGGGAAUCUCCCGGAACCGGGUCCAGAAUACAUUGGAUUUUGGCUGCGAAGAGGGGGCAAGAUGUGCCGUGUUGUCAGUGGAGGUGGAGGUUGGGGUCCAAAGCAAGGCCUCUUGUCUCUUGACCCUGAGACAAGACUACCCAGACCCGCUUCGGAACUUGAGGACAAGCCUUUGGAGACUAUGGAUGAGGACAUGAUCUCUGGCCUAGGUAACAUCGCAGAAACAGGAGCUUCCAUCCAAUUCUUGGUUGUCGACGACGGCUUGCCUCCACCCCUGCCUAUGGGAAGGAAACGUUUUACUUCGACACGGAAGAGCAUAGUUUUUGGCUCGAUUCCUAGCACCAUUGACGACAUUCCUGAAACGAAUGAUAGCUUACAAGAAACUCGCUACCAAUACCGUGUAGGACACUUUGGUUGCGUUUCAGGUUCGGGAAUAUUCUUUCAGCACGGUAAUCCGAGCAGCAAGACCACAUCGACAUCUGAGAGGGGUUUGGAGGUUGAAGGCGCCCCUGAGCCCGAAAAAGCAUCUGGCACCACUCAGCAAGCAGAACGAAAAGAGCCGACAUUUGUAAGGACCAAGAUCGAUCUUCCAUACUCGUACAUGUAUUUUGAUCAACGAAUAAUGUCACAACGGAAUGCAGGCAAGGCGGCGGCAAUGGUAUUUGAGAAGCGAAAGUCACCCAUGAACGCGCCAGCCGAACAUUACAAAAUACUAAAGCCCUCGAAAUUUUCUGCUCGAAUAUACCACGGCGUCGAGGAAGAAAACACAGGGUCAAUGCAGGGUACCGACCCUCCGAGAUGAAAGACUUUUGUCAGAGGAGCAGCUCGAGAAUUCUAGGCUUGAACCUAUGGGAGAAUCUGGUCUCGACCAAGCAAGGUGCAGUGGUAUAAAAAGGAGAUAUCCAGUGUCAGAGAAAUAGACAAUGCUCCCGAAGAGCGAUGAAGCAUUUGUAUUAGUUUGUACAAUAUUCUGUAAGAGUAUAUAUGCAAAUGUACAAGAGCGAGACAACUUUCC